AUGCAGAGGGGCGGGGCGUCGCGUCGCGAGCACAGCAGUAGGGUCGUGUUCGAACGGCUGUGGCGCGGCACCUUCCAGGCGGUGCUUGCGGGGCCGCAGAGGAGGCCCCGCGCGUCCUCGCUCGAUCCCAACCCGGAGAGUGCCAUCGCACCGGCCGUCAUGCCCCAACAGGGUCCCUCGCACGUAACUGACGCUUUAGAGCCGGCCCUCAGGACCCUUAUAGCGGGCCUGAGGGGCUCGUGCUGUUGCCGUUGCAACUGCGCCACUGAGCGCGACAGCGUGAACAACAAUUUGCAGGUCUGUCUCCCCAACGACGAGGAGAGGAAGUCGAUGCGCUCCGUGAUAAGCGUUCGCGAGACCCACGCGGUCGCGGCGGCUCAGCAAGAGAAGAAUGCCCGUCUACGGGACGCCUUCGGUAUAUCGCCUGGAUUCGUGGAGGGCACCAGCUUGGACCCCGAGCGGCGAGCGAGGCAGGAGGCGCGUAGGUACCCGCUGGUGAGGACGCCCAGCCACGAGAGGGAACAACGCGACACGCACGUGACGAAGAAGAAAAAGAAACGCAGCGCGUCACCAGAGACGUCAAAGAAGUCCAAGAAGAAAAAGUCCAAGAAGAACAAGAAAGAGAACCAGGUGACACUUGAGUUGACAAAAAGUCAAAGAAAAAUGUUAUGGAAAUACAUGCGUAGACAAGAGAGCAGCAAGAAGAAGAAGAAACGCUUCAAGUCGCCGUACACAGAGAGCUCUAGCAGUUCAGAGGCUGCGCAGGACAGUGACAGCGUAAGCUCGGACGGUGAAAGGCAGAAGAAAAAGAAAAAGAAAAACAAGAGUGCCAGACGACGUGCCAGCAGCGUUGCAACUAGUCGCGAAAGUUCAACCGUAAAACAAACUAAAGAUAAGCAUUGGGAAAGGGACAAGGAGCCGAAAGAGGUCAAUGCACGAAGCAAAAAGAAAGAUGUCGAACGCGAUGAUUCACGACGCCCCAAUAGAGCUAGUCCCAACCGCUACGAGGAACCGUCUAGAACUUCCAGAUCAAGGAGACGCGAAGACCGCAGCCUGUCUGAAGAGGAUGCAAGGUCAUCACCGGAAUACAAGCAUAAGUCCUACGUGACCAAAGUCGCCAAUAAAAACCACGAACCGAUGCGAAACGACGGUGAAAAGCCGAAAACAUCGAAACGCAACCGAGCCAGGUCUUAUUCAGAAUCGGACGCGGAAGAACCAACUAGGCACAACAAGGAGAAAAGGGACAAGAAACACUAUCGCAGGGAGACAAGCGAUUCGCCGCCGCCUGUUAAGAGGAAAAGAAGGAGCCCCUCAGUCGACAGUUUAAGGCACGACUCGCGUCACAAAGACGCAGACCGGAGCGGAGACAGCUAUAGAAGAGAGGAGUCCAAUCGGCAGGAGAGAAAAAUCCGUAGAAGCGAGUCGUAUGAGCGCAAGAAUGAGAAAAAGCAAUCAAAGGGAAAAGACGAACGGUAUAACAGGAAGCAAUACGACGACAGGUGCGAAUCAGGAGACAGUCAUGAGGAGCAACCUAGAAGGAAACGGCAGAGGAGCGGCUCGAGAGCUCAUCGCGACUCCUCGGCCGAAUACCAACAAAGAGAGGACAACAAGAAAUCUACGCGCAAGGAGCCAGAGAGAUACUAUAAAAACACCAAACCCACGAAUAGAUCUUCGCCCUCAAGCUCAGAUUCGGAGUCGCCGCCAAGACGGAAGCCGGAGAAAACUGUAAAGAGCAAAGUGCGUUAUCACAAAGGGAGAAGCGUUUCACCGCCAGCGAGGGAGAAUAGUAGGAUGAGCUCCUCACCAGUGCGCAAGGGACGUGACACGUCACCUGUUAAAAAGCGAGACGUGUCUCCGAGGAGGCGCGAUUCGUCGACGCCAAGAAGACCCGAUUCCUCACCGCCUAGGAAGCGCGAUUCAUCACCACCGAGGAAGCGCGGUUCAUCACAAGCGAGAAAGCGCGAUUCAUCACCACCGAGGAAGCGCGAUUCAUCACCACCGAGGAAGCGCGAUUCAUCACCACAGAGAAAACGUGAUUCAUCACCACCGAGAAAACGCGAUUUAUCACCACCGAGAAAGCGCGAUUCACCGCCACCGAGAAAGCGCGAUUCACCGCCAAGCAAGCACGAGCUACCAUUACCAGUGUCAUCACCCCCGAGAAGACGCAUUUCCCGAUCGCCGAGUAGGCGUGAUCCUUCUCCGGCGAAAAGGCGCGAUACAUCACCGUUACGUAGGCGCGAUUCUCCAAUUCCAAAGAAACACAAUAAAUCACCCCAAAAGGGCCGAGACUCUCCCCUGAAGCGAAAUUCGCCAAUUGGAAAAAGCAAAGAUGAAAAAUAUAAAACAUCGGUGAAGAACCCAGAAAAACGCGAAAGCUCUAGAUCAAAGAAGUCACCGACGCCGGACGAAAGAUCAAUUCGUAAAGACAAAUCGAGGUCCCCAUCGCCAGCGAAGAAGAAGGGAAAAAAGGACAGAGAGAGAAGUAGCACACCAUAUAAGAAGACAAAAAAAUCACAAGAGAGGCGUUCUUCUACUCCCAAAUCGGACCAUAGGGAUAAACAAGAAAAGGAAAGAAAAAAAGAUAGACGAGAAUCUCUCAUGGAAAGGUCAAGGUCGCGUUCAAUCAACAGAAGCCGAAGCACAUCGAGCCUUAGCUAUUCCCCGGCCAGGCGAAGCCCAGAACGCUACAGGGAUAUCAUUGAAAAGUUACCAGAAAAAGAUAAGAGGAAAUAUAUCAAGUCACCAUCGGACCUGAGACCGAAAAAGAAGAAAAACAAAAAUAUCGUCGAGAGCUAUAAACCAAAGGCGGUGUGCAUGAGGAGUUCUUCCAGUGAGAACGACGAUUCCGAGGACGACUUUCUAAGAUUGGAUGACAGGGCAAGGCAGGAAGAAAUAGACAUAAAGGAGCUAAGCAGGCUGAAGGAGAAGCUUGCACAGAUGGCGAAGGCUGCCAUUGAAAAGAAAAGGACAGACGAUAUAAACGCCUCCACAUCGCAAACGAGCAGAAACGCGCCGGUGCUAGAAGGCGGCCCAUCGGCCGAGAAAGUCAACACGAAACCGCCGCAGCAUGCCACCAAAAGCCCGGAAAAAGUCAAACCGACGAAGGACAGAAGUCCGGUAAACUUGGACAGUUCACCGGAGCUGAAGAGGGCGAGGAGCAGAUCGCGGAGCUGGUCGCGCUCCUCUUACCGUCGUUCGCGCUCGCGGACACGAUCGAAGUCACGGUCCCGUGAGAAAUCGCGGUCCCGCGAUAAAUCCCGGUCCCGCGAGAAGUCCCGAUCGCGGGAGAAAUCGCACUCGCGUGCAAUGUCGCGAUCCAGGGACAAGUCGCGAUCCCGGGAUGAGUCGAAUUCCCGUGCGAAGUCCACCUCCCGUGGCAAGUCGUCACGCUCGCGCUCCAGGUCGCGAUCACGGUCGAGAUCGUCGCGUUCGAGAUCCCGCUCAUAUUCCUCCUCUAGGCGUUCACGGUCGAGCCGCUCCAGUUCGUACAGCAGCAGAAGUUCGUCGAGAUCUUCACGUAGCUCCUCCAGAUCCACACGUUCCUCCAGAACAAUGACGGGCGUGUACGCCGAUUACCGUAGAUCGAGCGCGACGCGCGCUCGCACACGCUCCCGCUCGCCCUCCAUACCGCGCAGGGCCGGCUCGCCCAGUUUCUUGGAUAGGAGGCGCAUCACGAGCGCACCCAUAAUAGAUCUUACGUAUGAAACAAACAAAUACAAAUAUAGAAGAAGACGG